AAAAAAUAGAAAUUAAUGAAAAAAACUUAAAGAUUAGGCACAUAUGUACUUAGAACGUUGUAAUUUGUAACUAGGAAACAACUGGAACUAUCAUCCGAUAGAGAAAAUGGCUGACUGCGAGAAGGAGGAGGCUCACAAUCUCCAAAUGGAAUUUGAAUGGGUACUUCAUGAAGAAGUUCAUUCUUCAUUAUCGCAAUUAAGAAAUAUUUUAAUGGAAUGUGCACAAAGAUUUCCAUUAGCAUUAUUUGGCAAUGAUCAACAUAAUAAAACGGACAGAUUUGUAUUUGCUGCACCACAUGAUCAAGUAAAAUGUGUAGCUGUUUUAACCGGUGACAGUAUUACAAAUGCAGAAGUUAAUUUUAAAAUACAACGUCAGCAAAAUAUUAAUAUGAGGACAAGUAUACAAACAGAACAUCCUUGGAAAUUACAACAAAUACAAGAUGCUGCUAAUCAUUUACAACAAGCAAUUGCUCACAUAGAUAAUGUUGAUCGACAUUAUCCUUUUAAAACAUCUGAUGAAGUUAUGCAUGUAUUAGGAAAUAUUCUUGGUUGUCUUCAACGCAGUCGUACUAGUUUAAUUGUUCCUAGAAAGAAAACCAUUGAUGAUCUGAUUAAAAGUCGUAAUAUGAAAUCAUUAAAUCCUAAUCUUCCAGAGAAUUUGGCUAUUAGUUUUUAUAUCCAAAGUUAUAAAUUAGUUUUAGCAAUAUAUCAAUUGGAAAAUGCACAUGGAAGUGUUAAAUAUGAAACACAGCAAGCAGAAUGUAGUGUUCCAUGGUUAAAUGAUGCUUUAGUAUUGCUUACUAUAGCAUUACAACUUUGCCAACGAUUAAAAGAUAAGAUUUGUGUUUUUUCCCAAUACAAAGAUUUUACAGUUGGUUCUCAUGUUCCUUCUACAGUGAGUUGGUAAUAAAAAUAUAUUUAAAUAAUCAUUAAUGUAAAAACUAGUUCUAUAUAUAUAUUAGAAUAUCUCAUUUAAUGCUCUGGUAGCAUUUUUAAUAAAUUUCGUUUUUAUAAAUGAAA